CCCAACAUAUCUGGAAUACAUGUGCACUGUAGGAAUGAGGGUACAGCAUUUUACCUAUUCAGUAUUUUGUAGAUUAGCGUCUUAGGGUGGAAAGGAAACAGAUGUCACAUCAUGAUGUCAUGAGCUGCUGGGCAAGCUAACCACUCCAACAUCGUGUUUAACCACACCAAGAUAGUGUUUGACCACACCAACAUCGUGUUUGACCACACCAACAUCGUGUAUGACCACAUCAACAUAGUUUUUGACCAUACCAACAUAGUGUUUGACACAAGCUGUAAGCUAUGUUCAACACACUAUCGUUCCUCAAUGGUAGACAAGGGGCGACUAAAAUUGUUGGACAUCAUAACACGGGACGUUACUGAAUCCCAGCUUAUUUGUGAACAGCUGUACGGAAGGCAAUAUUCAUGAACUGCAGCGUGUAUGGGGAAUAUUCAUGAUUUGUACCAUGUACGGGGAACUUUCAUGAGCUGUACCAUACACUGGAAAUAUUCAUGAACUGUAUCAUGUAAGGAAUGUUCCAUGUAUAGAGUAUAUACAAAAAGUAAUGUACCAUGUAUGAAGAAUAUCAAAGCAGGACUGAAACCUAUAUAGAUUAUAUCCAAGAAGGACUGUACAAUGUAUGGAGAAUAUCCAAGAAGGGCUGUACCAUGUAUAGAGUAUAUCCUAAAAGGAACUUUACCAUGCCCUGGGAAUAUUCCUGAACUGCAAAAUGUGCUGGAACUAUUCAUGAACUGUACCAUGUACUGGAAAUAUUCAUGAACUGUACCAUGUGCUGAAAAUAUUCAUGAGCUGUACCAUGUGCGGGAAAUAUUCAUGAACUGUACAAAUUGCUGAAAAUAUUCAUGAACUGUAUCAUGUAAGGGGAGUGUCCAAGAAAGACCGUGGAGGUAGUACACUACACGGUGAAUAUUUUACAAUUCCUAGAAAUUCCUUUUCCCUGUAAGAGGACAUUGCAUUCUGGACGUACCCUGUAUCGGGAUAAUCCAAACAGGACCGUAGCAUGUUUGAUGAAUAUCCUAUUAUGACUCUCCGUUCAUGGGGAAUAUCCUGUAAGGAAUGUUCCAUGUAUAGAGUAUAUCCAAGAAGGAAUGUACCGUGUAUGGAGUAUAUCCAAGAAGGACUUACCAUGCAUAGAGUAUAUCCAAAAAGUGACUGUUCCACGUAUGGAGAAUAUCCAAGAAGGACCGUACCAUGUAUGGAGAAUAUCCAAGAAGUACCGUACCAUGUAUGGAGAAUAUCCAAGAAGGACUUACCAUGUAUGGAGAAUAUCCAAGAAGGACCGUACCAUGUAUGGAGAAUAUCCAAGAAGGACUUACCAUGUAUGGAGAAUAUCCAAGAAGGACUGUACCAUGUAUGGAGAAUAUCCAAGAAGGACUGUACCAUGUAUGGAGAAUAUCCAAGAAGGACUGUACCAUGUAUGGAGAAUAUCCAAGAAGGACUGUACCAUGCAUGGAGAAUAUCCAAGAAGGACUGUACCAUGUAUGGAGAAUAUCCAAGAAGGACUGUACAAUGUAUGGAGAAUAUCCAAGAAGGACUGUACCAUGUAUGGAGAAUAUCCAAGAAGGACUGUACCAUGUAUGGAGAAUAUCCAAGAAGGACUUACCAUGUAUGGAGAAUAUCCAAGAAG